CCAAUAUUAUUGUCCAUUUGUUUUUUGUUUUUUUGUUUUUUAAAAAUAUUUAGCAUUACCACAAUUUUGUUGAAUCAAGAAGCAGGAAACAAAAAAGAAAAGAGAAAAAAAAAAUGGGAAAUCUCAGCUCCAGUAGUCAUGCUGGUAAAGGAUAUCGCAAGGAAAGAUCAAGGUGGAAGAAAAACUCAAAAGUUUCGAAGAAUAAUAAGGACAAGCCUACAAGUACUAGUAAUGGUCAUAGCCAUAAUAGCCAUGGCCAUGGUGGAAUAAACACCAUAAAGCCCAGAAAUCUUUGCAAUGAUGAGUUACCCACUGACUCCGAUAUUUGCAUUUGCGUGGUCACUUGGAACAUGAAUGGGAGGGUAUGUGAAGAAGAUUUGGCAGAGAUAGUGGGGAACAGGCGGCAAUUUGAUCUUCUAGUCGUUGGUCUGCAAGAAGUGCCUCGCCGAAACGUUUCACAACUUUUACAGGCAACUCUCCUUGAAUCUUACAUGCUAUUAGGAGAAGCCAUUAUGCAGUCUUUGCAGUUGUACGUUUUUGGGCCAAAGGGAUCAGAUUCCUUCACCAAAGAAUUGAAGGUAGAUAAGUAUGCAGUUGGGGGCUGCGGAGGAGUAAUUGGGAGGAAGAAAGGUGCAGUAGCUAUACGCCUCUACUACAAAUCCAUACAAAUGAUGUUCGUUUCUUGCCAUCUCUCCGCUCACACUGAAAAGGUGGAAGAGAGAAACUGGGAGUGCAGGCACAUAUCACACUCGCUCUUCUCAAAAAUAUGGAACCCUUAUGAAAGACCCACCCAGAUUACUGUUUGGUUGGGAGAUCUCAAUUAUAGGCUUCAAGGCAUUCAUUCACAUUCCGCCAGGAAUCUCAUCCGGAAAGAUCAUCACAAACUUCUGAUGAGCAAGGAUCAGCUACUGCAAGAGGCUGAAAGAGGGCACAUCUUCGAUGGAUAUUGCGAGGGUACAUUAACAUUCAAGCCAACAUAUAAGUACAACGUGGGAACCAAUAACUACGACACAAGUCACAAGGUGAGAGUGCCAUCAUGGACUGAUCGAAUUUUGUUUAAGAUAGAAGACAUGAAUCAAAUGGGAGCAACUUUGCACUCUUACGAAUCAAUGGACGAUAUAUACGGCUCUGAUCACAAACCUGUCAAAGCUCACCUCUGCUUAAGACCAUACAAUAACCUACAUUCUUAACAAACCACAUAUAUCCUUAUUUAUAUGAUCUCUACUCUAAUUCAUUAAUUGUUUUAUAUAAUAUAUAUAUAUAUAUAUACAAAAAAAAAAAAAAGUUAUUAGAUGAGUUGUUUGUGGAUAAUUUGUAGUUGACUUGAAAUUUCAACGAUCCAAUUAUCGUGUGUGAACAUGGAAACCAAAAUGUAGGCUUUCAACA